UCUUUAAUUCAAAGAACAUAAUGUAAGAAUGAAAAGAAAAAAGAGAGAGAGAGGAUAUUUUUUUGAACAUAAUGAAGAAAACAAGUUAAUUGUUGGAUACGUAAUCGAAAAUGACGCUAUCCUUCAAGACUUGUUCUUCUUCUUCGUCUUCUCAUUCUCCUUGUUCGAAUCGAUCAACACCAAAAUCAUUCUCCGGAGACGAUUCUCAAUUCUUCCAUCAAAAAAGCUACAGAGCACACACCACCACACUCUUCUUCAUCCUCGUUUCUCUCUCCUUCUUCGGUUUUUUCUCUCUCUAUUGUUCCCCAAACGCCAUUUCUCGCGCUGCUCUCUUUGCCACGACCCGCCAGGCUAAAUCUGGAAUCGUCAAUUACGUGAUCAACGCUCAGGAUUCGAGCCAUCACCAAUCAAUUCGCAGGAUCAGAGCCGAGGCUGUUCUCUGGCCAGGAUGGGAGAUUCUGGUGAUCGUUUCACCGGAGGAGAAGGUUAUGCCGCCGCUUCCAGGGGAGGAUUACACAUGUUUUUACCCUAACGGCGAGAAAUCCACGGCGAGGUUCACCGCUGUUCUCCCUUUCACGAAUCGUACGGCAUUCAGAUGCAGCCUUCCAGGGAUUUACCGCCACCACCACCCGAUUCCGACUCCUAUCCUCGCCUCCUCCAAAUCCUUCCAAAUCUCGCCGGAAUCACGAUGGCCUGAUCUCCCUCUGUGGAAUUUCGUUGUUUUCGAAGCAAUCUCCACGGAAAACGACGUCGUUCUCUUCGUCAAGGGGCCGAAUCGCGGAUUGGGAUCGAACAAACCUCCAGAGUCGUUUCGGUGCGUGUUCGGCGAGGAAUCCGAUUCCGCCAUUAGAACCGCCGUGACGAGCUCCGUGCAAGAGGUUUUUCGAUGCCCGUUCCCGAACGAAACGAUCGAUAACCCGGUCAAAAUCUACCUCGAGACGGUGGCAACAAACAAGGAAGCGACGAAGACCGUCCCCUCGGUGGCGUACUUUAGCCCGAAGCGCAGGUUAUCGGAGUCGCGUGAGAAAUCGCUAUUGUGCGCGACGACGAUGGUGUACAAUGUAGCAAAGUAUCUGAGAGAGUGGGUGAUGUAUCACGCGACGAUCGGGAUACAGAGAUUCAUCAUAUACGACAAUGGUAGCGACGACGAGUUAAACGACGUCGUUGAGCUGCUCAGGAGCGAAAGAUAUGAUGUCACGAAAGUUUUGUGGAUCUGGCCCAAAACGCAGGAAGCUGGGUUCUCCCACGCGGCGAUGUACGGAAAAGAUUCGUGCACCUGGAUGAUGUACCUCGACGUAGACGAGUUUCUCUUCUCUCCGGCUUGGGAUAAACAAUCUAAACCGUCGGAUCAGAUGAUUAAAUCUCUUCUACCGUCGGAUCAGAGCAUGAUCGGACAGGUUUCGUUUAAAUCGCUCGAAUUUGGGCCGUCGAAUCAGACGGAGCAUCCACGUGGUGGCGUGACGCAAGGGUACACGUGUCGCCGAGAAGAAGAGCAGCGGCACAAAUCGAUCGUGCGGCUGAGCGCGGUGGAGCAUUCGCUGUACACGGCGAUCCACCACUUCGGCCUGAAGGGAGAGUAUGAGUGGCGCGUGGCGGACACGGAGGAGGGAGUGGUGAACCAUUACAAGUACCAGGCGUGGCCGGAGUUCAAGGCCAAGUUUAGGCGGCGCGUGUCCGCAUACGUGGUGGAUUGGACCAGAGUUUCUAAUCCAAAGUCGAGAGAUCGGACUCCUGGUCUGGGCUUUAGGCCCAUUGAACCGAAAGGAUGGGCCCAACAAUUCUGUGAAGUCAGAGAUUUGAGAUUAAAGAGGUUAACCAAGAAAUGGUUCGGAUACUCAGAGGAAAACGGGUAUAGAAUGGCGUGGCAAAGAUGAACUAUGGUUAUUUUGUGCUAAUAGCAUAGGUGAAAUUUUUGGGUUGGG